AUGUUUUUAUCCGCAGUGCCCCAGCCGAGCAGCCAACCGGGGAGCAGAAUGUCAAGACACCAGCAGCAGCAGCAGCAGCUGCAGCAGCAGCAGCAGCGGACGACGUUAAGACUCACUGACAACGUAGUGGAGGUCAAGAGCAAAUUUGAAGCAGAGUACCGUCGCUUCGCUCUGAAGAGGAACGGCCCGGGAGGCUUUACAGCGUUUUACCGCCUCCUCCAAACCAUCCACCGCAUCCCUGGUGUGGACGUGCUGCUGGGCUAUGCCGACGUCCAAGGAGACCUCCUUCCAAUCAACAAUGACGACAACUUCUACAAAGCUGUGUCGUUAGCCAACCCGCUGCUCCGCAUCAUCAUAACCAAGAGAGAGGAUGAACCCAUAGUUUUUGCCACCAACUCCCUCCAGAGGCGUAAAAAGGGUCUGGGCCUAACCGGCCUGCGCUCCAGCGGCUUCGACUCCACGCGCUCCAAGAACAAACCGGGCCUGAUGAUCGGCCUGCCUCAGAACUUCAGACAGAUCUCGUCAAUCAUCGAUGUUGACAUCUUACCUGAGACACACCGGCGCGUACGACUCCACAAGCACGGCACCCACAAACCCCUGGGCUUCUACAUCCGGGACGGAGUGAGCGUGAGGGUGACACAACAGGGCGUAGAGAAGGUCCCAGGGGUGUUCAUUUCUCGUCUGGUACGUGGGGGGCUCGCAGAAUGCACAGGGCUGCUGGGAGUCAAUGACGAGAUACUCGAGGUCAACGGCAUCGAUGUAGCUGGGAAAUCCUUAGAUCAGGUUACAGACAUGAUGGUGGCCAACAGUCACAACCUCAUAGUGACCGUCAAACCGGCCAACCAGAAGAACAACGUGGUGCAUCGUGGGAGUAGAACCUCAAUGGGCAACUCUGGUUCUGUGGGCUCAGCUGGAUCUGCCGGCUCCGCUCUGUCACAUGACUCACCAAGCCCCGCCUCCCAGAGCAACCCCAUCACAGCGAGCAACAGCAUCGCCGAGGGCGACAGUGAUGACGACGAUGACGAAGGCGACCUCAUCCUAGAGAAUGACAGCCUGACACUGUACGACUCCAGCCGGGUAACCAACAGCAACAACACUAACCUCAACAGAGACUCACCUAGCAACAGGCCCUUCCCACAGAGCGUCUCAUUGCCCAAUAGCGUUGGGGCUUCCCUGAGCGACAGCUCCGUCUUGAUGUCCAAUCACAACGGAAACCCCGCCCACACAUCUAGUAGCAGUCAGGAGAGCAUGCGAGAGGACGGCAACAUAAUAACACUGUAACCAUGGCAAAACUGAACGCUACAUUAACAGUCAGGACUAUGAGGGGCUGUAACCAUGACAACUACAGAUGGCUGUGCUCCAGUCAGACUCAGCAGGACAGACGGCUCUGCCACACGUUGCCGGGGUUACUGUCAGGUUCAUCAUUUAUUGAUUAAAUGCUAACGUGUAUGAACUGAUCACUGUAGACUUAUAGAGAGCAACAUGAUUGAACAUUGAAAUGCUCCUGUAAAAGCCAUACGUCAGUUUGAUGUCUUAAAGAAAUCAUGUCAUAUCCAAAAUUGCUUGUGAAGUACUCGAUCUGAAACAUCACCAUCCACUGCAGGAUGUCUGACUCGUUCACCAUGAAGAGAACAUUAUGAAGUUAACCAUGAAGGGCUCUUUUUGCUUGUCAGCACAACGACCAGUGCAAGCAGCGCUCGGACAGUUUGUGUUUCCUGUCGGCUGCCAAUCUGGGGUGUCAUUGACAUGAGCAAAAUACAUAUUUGCAGCAAUUGCACAACAAUAAUGGAGUUAUAAUUAAAAAAUGUAACAACCACUUGCUUUUUCAACAUUGUAAAAUGAAAGUUUAAUGUGGAUAAAGCAGGAGCAUUGAUCUAGAAAUGAAAACACUGUAAGUCUCUUUCUUCUUCAGUAUGUGCUGUUCAUAGCUGUUUUAUACUGUGCACAAGGUUUCUUCUUCGGGUCUUUAAAUCCCUGCAGACACCUGAAGGCAGCACGACUCAUGUUGAUAGAUCUGCAGCCUCUACAGCUGUUUGAGGCAAUGAUGUGAUUGGCUGAGAGCGUAUUUAUUAAGUGCAUAUUAAGAGAAUAUCAUCCCACCCUUACAUUUAUAUUCCACUACAGACUGCGCCUACAUGAAGCAGAGGUGGAGACGCCACACACUGACCUGCAGCUCUGCACUGGUUGUUGCAAUUGUAAUAUUAAAAUAGCGCCCAAGUUGUAUUAUAAAACAUUAAAACAACAAAAUAUAUUGAAGACAAAUUCAAUGGGUUGAACGUUUUUAAAAAGGGAUUUGAUGAUAUUUGCAAUACUUUAAAAAUGUAGAUUUUGUAUAAACUAAAUCAGUCCAAUCAGUCAUUAGUUUCAAGGCUUUUCAUAUACUUUAAAAAUAAAUGUAUACAAAAAAUUAACAUAAAACAACAUUAUUUAAUAAGGUUGGUCAGUUCUUCGAUAUUGAUUGGCUAAGAUUUUUCUCUUUGCAAAUAUGGGAAAGCAAUCACUGUGAAUCACAUUUAUCAUUAUUCAGAUUUACAAAUCAUCUCGUCAACAGUUGUUCUGAUAGGAUGUGCAUAAGAUGGAAAAGAUUGUUAAAUGGAGGGUGUAGAAACACAGUUAAUAUUCUUUAUGGACACACACACUGUUAACUGUGUGUGUGUGCAUGAGGCCUUGUCUUUGUAGCUGGAGCUCUGGGGAUAUUGCCUUACAGUCAGAAAUGUGGGCAAACAGCUCUUUCUGCUUCACAUUCUGCCUCCAAUGACCGCAACAUGUUUUCGUCUGACUGUCAAACUGAGUCAUUGUCAUGGUUUUGUUUAUGAAAUAAAAUCAGCUAUAUGAUGCAA